AAACGUCUGAAUUUUCGUUCUAGCAAAGCAAAUUCUCAAUUCCGUUCUUCGUCUCCCCUCCCACUUAAUUCCACAUUGUCGCAUGCAGCGGCAGCCGCGUUCAGCUCUUCAAAUCUCUUCCACUAACAUUCGAAUACGAUCCCUACGAAGCCUCGUCUUCUUCUUCUCCUUCCCCUCAUCCAUGGAAGCCUCUUCUUUUUCCUCUUCGAUCGGCGGCCCCAACGCUUCCUCGGCCUCCGCUGACCCCCGAAAGGAGACCUUCUCAGAAGCCGUUGGCGAUGCAGAGUCGGCGAGGGAGUUCGGAUUCCAGAGAUCGGAGUUCCGGCGGGAUUCGCUUGUGGGGACAGUACAAUUGUACGAUCGACACUUGUUCUUGCGGUACAAGUCGCCGGAUUUGUGGCUACCUAACGUUGAGGGGCCGGAGUCUGACCAUCUGCCGCGCCUCCUUGCCGCUGCGAUGAAGGCGCGGAAGGACGAUAUGAAGAAAAAGACUCGUUUAGCCAUAUGUGGAGCAGCAGAUAGUACUGAUACAUCAGAAGGAGAUGUUUUGAUAUUUCCUGAAAUGAUUGGAUAUCGGGGAUUGACAGAUGGUGAUAUAGAUAAUUUUGUUGAUUUAGUGCUUGUGAAGGAGACUGAAUGGCUCUCUGGAGUAGUUGAGACAUUGACUGGUUCAUAUAUUUUUGUAUGCGCUCAUGGUAGUCGGGAUCGAAGGUGUGGUGUUUGUGGGCCUCCUCUCAUUGAAAAGUUUAAGGAGGAGAUUUCUUUACGUGGUCUUGAUGGUCAAGUGUUUGUUAGUCCUUGCUCGCAUAUUGGCGGUCAUAAGUAUGCUGGAAAUGUCAUCAUAUUUAGUCGAAGUAAAACAGGGCAUGUGUCUGGAAAUUGGUAUGGAUAUGUCAGUCCAGAUGACGUUCCCAUGCUACUUGAACAGCAAAUUGGGAAAGGAGAGAUUAUAGAUCAUCUAUGGAGAGGCCAGAUGGGUUUGUCAGUAGAGGAACAAAGAAAAGCUCAGAGCAUUAGGUGUCAGCCAAAUACCCCAAUUGGGGAGGAUAGAGCUUCAGGCUGUUGCCAAGGUAAUGGAAACCUCAGCUGCUGCCAGAAUGCUAUAGAUAAACCACAUUCCAAUCACAAGGAAAACAACUCUAUCAGCAGCAGUAAAAUCACUGAUAAAAAGAAGAAUUUUACAACAUGGCUCAAGCCACCAAAGCCAGGCACCUAUGCCACCCUCGCUUUUGCCGUUGCUAUUGCUUCGGUUAGUUGUGCUUUUUUCUACUACAGAAAUCGAAGGUGAUGAUCAGAUCAGGCUCUCUUUUCGUCCCACCAAUAUCUAAAUAAUCAGUCAUCCUGCUAAUUACCAUACUGUUGCACAAUAAGAAAGGGCUGCAGAAAAAAUGAUACCUUUUUUUCUAAGUUCCUUAUUUCCUUAGAAUGUUUACAUACAAAAUAAGUUAUGGUAAUUGGAUUCUCAGAGGUUGGGAUGUCAUUUAAGCUUUGUAAAAAAUGGUUGUGUUUUAUUUUGUUGCGAAACUUGGUAUGUAAUUGCUGCUGAUCUCUUGGACAUAUGGUUUGAUUAUAAAAGCUUAUUUCUUGCCAUAAAAGUU